UGAUUUUUUUUAAUAACAGAGAAGAGCACAAUCCAAACGGUGCUUUUAAACGUGGAAAUCACGGUGGCCACUGCAACAGAAGCUGAAACUGCCGUUGCCAUUCACCACCACCACCACCUCCUUUGCUUCUACGUCACCACCUUGCUCCGAAAUCUGAAUCGAACUCACACAAUCAACAUUCCAUGGCUCAUGAUUCAGAGAAGAGGUUCCGCUCCAUCAUGAGCAAGCUCUUCCACCCUCCCAAUUCACCAUCCAAUCCUUCCCCUUCCACCCCCAGUUCAUCAUCUGGGGUACAACUAUCAGGGGGUAAGAAACGGCCUUACCAGUCAAUUGCUACAGGGGUGAUGGAGCUGAAUCGUAGAGGGGAUGUUGCUGAGGGGCAUCAGUCGUCCUCAGCUGACUCCCAAGGGCAGCUCUGUCGGCCGUGGGAUCGUGGUGAUUUAUUGAGGAGAUUGGCCACAUUCAAAUCUAUAUCAUGGUUUGCUAAACCCAAGAUAGUGAGUGCAGUAAAUUGUGCUAGAAGAGGUUGGAUCAAUGUGGACGUUGACACCAUAGCAUGUGAAGCAUGUGGUGCACGUCUUCUUUUUUCUACAUCAGCAUCUUGGAAUCAGCAGCAGGUGGAGAAGGCAGCCUUGGUCUUUAGCUUAAAGUUGGAUAGUGGACAUAAAUUACUUUGUCCAUGGAUUGACAAUGCCUGCAAUGAAACACUCGCAAGAUUUCCUCCUACAGCUCCUCCUGUAUUAGUUGACAAUUUCAGAGAACGAUGCUCUGCUCUCUUGCAACUGUCAGCUCUUCCUCGUGUUUCAUCUUCAGCAAUAGACUACAUGCAAAGCCCAUUUCUGGAGGACUUUCUUGGACAAUCUUUGAUGCUUGAGUGUGGAGAUGGAUCUGCCAAUAGUUCUGAGAUAGAAGUUAGUAGUCAAGCGGAACUGAAAUCGUAUUGUCAGGCUCAAAAGCUUAUAAGUUUAUCCGGUUGGAAACUUCGUUGUCUACCUUAUGUAGUUGAUUGCAAGGAUUUAUCAGAUCAAUCUCUUAAAAAGAAAACUAUCCAAGAAUGUUCCCAAGUAGUUGCUGAUGGGAAAAAUAAUAAUCUGAUUGUCUAUUCUGCUGGGACGGAUGAAAAUUCCAAGGAUUUUAAUUGGGAACAGAUAGAUCCCCAUUCUGCAGUUUUAGAUUGCACCUUAUGUGGAGCAACUGUUGGAUUGUGGGCAUUUAGUACACUUCCACGGCCCGUGGAAUCAAUCAGAUUAGUGGGAUAUGCAGAGGUGAAUGGUGAAAAGGAUUCUGUGACCCCCAAUUCAUUCAUUAGAAAUGAUCUUGAAAAUAGGCAGGGUGUAAAUAACAACAUGCCUGACAUUGCAAAUUCAUCAAAGGGUACACCUUCGAGUCUAAAUAUGACAAUUGCAGGGGGUCCUCCCCCAACAAAGCAGAACUUUAAAGCAAUAAUAUCUCUGCCUAUUAUUGGUCAGAAUUUAAGGACCCGUCUUUCUUAUGAUUCUGAUUUUAGAGAUCAUGUUUUUGUCGUUGGAGGUGAUAUUCAGUCCGAUUCACAGGAAGGGAUCAGAAUUCAGGAGACAAAUGAUAACACAGAUCCUACUGGACAACUUGUUCCUGUGACAUCUGAAAUCAGGAAAAUUCCAGGUUAUGAAACUGGUUCUCAAGCAAACAUUCAUGAUUCAGUUGUAGACAAUGUUAUGGAGGGCAUUGACUAUGCAGGACAACCUUCCGGUUCUAAGGAUAAGAUGCCUGCACACACAGAGACAGAUGGGUUGAAGUGUUCUUCAGCUGGACACCCUAGUAGCUUUAAGAAAGACUUGACAGAAGAUGAAGCACUUCCUGUUCCACAUAAGUCUUUGGAUAAGGAAGUAAGUAUAGUUGAAGCUUCUGGGGUCAAAGACAGAGUAGAGAAUCCCAUUAGCAGUGAAAAUGUGCAUAGUAGCUUAGGUAAGUUUAAGAGUCCAACAGGGUCUGAUAAAGCAAUAGAAUUCGACCCAAUCAGGCAGCAUAGACACUUCUGCCCCUGGAUCGCAUCGAUAGAUGGUGGCGAGCCUGGGUGGAAACAAACAUUAUCUGCUCUGUAUCAUCAGCAAAAACAUUUGCCUCAUUCACCAAACAGUUCUCCAACAUCUAUGUCCAUUAUAAAGGUAGAUGACCCUGUCGGUUCUGUUAGAAAGCUUUUCAUGUCUCCAUCAAAGAAAAGAGUGAAGCUCAAUCACAUUUCAGGCCACAAUGCAGAGCAUAGGUAGCUUAGGGCCUGGGUGAGAUGGUCCUAAUUCAAGAAGCCCCCCUCCUUACCGUAAACUAUUUUGUAUACUGCCAUUUUUCUUGACUUGUUAUUCCAUUUAAAAUCUCUGUAAGGUGUAAUUGUUGUAUCAAAAGUUCAUUUGGAUUUUCAUGACAUAACAUACCUGGAUCGAUCCCCUUCCUAAGAAAAGAAUAUAGUUUGUUGCACCUUGAUUUGACA